GGGUAUUUCUGUAGAAAAUAUUUAUUUUACGAAACUGUGAUACUGAUUAAUAGGUGAAAGCAGGUCAAUGUCUUUGCUCAGAUUUGUUACAGUGGAAGGUAAUAAACGGAGGAAAACAUCUUCAACAAAUGAGGAUGAUGUGAACAAUGAAGAUUCCCCAUUAGAGGCCAGUGCAAAGGCCGGCAUAAUUGAAAAGAAAGGGGAUCUCUUUUCGUGUCCAGAAAACGAAUCGCUUGCACACUGUAUAAGUGAAGACUGUGCGAUGGGAAAAGGCAUUGCAGUUAUAUUCAAGAAAAAGUUUGGAGGCAUACAAGAAUUAAAAAGUCAAGGUGUAAAGACCGGCGGGGUUGCAGUUCUGAAACGUAAAGAUCGUUUUAUUUACUAUCUCAUCACCAAAGUACGCUACUUCAACAAACCAACAUAUGAUUCACUUACCAAGAGCUUACAUGCCAUGAAGACACAUUGCCAACAGAACAAUGUAAAACACAUCUCGAUGCCUAGAAUUGGCUGUGGAUUGGAUGGACUGUCAUGGGAUAAAGUUUCAAAAAUACUGACUGAUUUGUUCAGCGGAUCUGGGAUAACCAUCACUGUUUAUACCCUUUAGUUAUUAUGUCACAGCCAGUAAACAACCACCGUGUUCUGGGACUGACGCAUGGUUGAUGGUCGCCAUUUGGCCUCUGAAACAAAUGUUAAGUUUUCAUAACUGCUGCCGGUGGUGGCAUAUGUCAUGACAGUGUCUCGUUUUACAUGCAUUUGAUAUUAUUUUGAAGUGAGACAGGAUCUUGUGGAUCAUUGGUCCUUCUGAUUGUAGGUUAUGCUGUGGUCACAU